UUAAAAAAAAAUUCUUAAAAAAUUCCUUAAAAAUGCUAACAACAGAAUUAUUAGCCCAAACAGUAACCCCUUCAACAAACACAAAUUCUCAUCAUUUUAAUAAUAAUUCCAAUAAUAUUUUAAAAACCAAUUCUUUAUUAAAUGGCAAUAAUAAAAAUAAUAAUUUAAUUGUUGAUUCGAUAAUUGAAUUAAAUAAUAAUAAUAAUUAUAAUUUUUAUAAUAAUAAUAAUACAUUUUUGUUUACUUCUGAAUCUGUUGGGGAAGGACAUCCUGACAAAAUGUGCGAUCAAAUUUCUGAUGCAAUAUUAGAUGCACAUUUAGCAAUUGAUCCUCAUGCAAAAGUUGCAUGUGAGACCGUUACCAAAACAGGGAUGGUUUUAGUUUGUGGGGAAAUUACAUCAAAAGCAAAGGUAGAUUAUCAAGCAAUUGUUAGAGAGACGAUAAAAAAGAUUGGUUAUGAUGAUUCUAGUAAAGGUUUUGAUUAUAAAACCUGCAAUGUAUUAGUUGCAAUAGAAGAACAAUCACCAGAAAUUGCAGCGGGAGGUAUAAUGUUCGGUUAUGCCUCCGACGAAAGUAAAGAAACUAUGCCUUUAACCCUUUUACUUUCUCAUCAAUUAAAUGCCAAGUAUCACGAAAGACGUCGUGAUGGAAGCUUGCCAUGGGCACGGCCAGAUUCUAAAUCUCAAGUUACUAUAGAAUAUGCCUAUGAAAAUGGAGCUUGUGUGGCUUUGCGAGUUCACACUAUAGUAAUGUCUGUUCAACAUGCUCCAGAUAUCUCUUUAGAGAAAGUAAGGGAACAAGUUGAAAAUCUGGUAAUUAAAGAGGUGAUUCCUCCCAAUCUCUACACUAAAGAAACCAAACUUCAUUUAAAUCCUUGCGGUUCUUUUGUCAUUGGUGGACCUAUGGGGGAUGCUGGACUUACCGGACGCAAAAUAAUUGUUGAUACUUAUGGAGGCUGGGGAGCCCACGGAGGAGGUGCCUUUUCCGGCAAAGACCCAACAAAAGUUGAUCGUUCUGCUGCUUAUGCCGCUCGUUGGGUCUCUAAAAGUUUGGUUAAAGCGGGUCUUUGCCGUCGUUGCCUAGUUCAAAUUUCCUAUGCUAUUGGAAUUGCUGAACCCCUUUCUAUAAUGGUCACUCAUUUUGGGACGUCUCCAAUUAGCGAAUUCGAUUUGCUUCGACCAACUCGGUCUUAGAGAGCCAAUUUAUCGACAAACUGCAGCUAAUGGGCAUUUUGGCAAUCCUGACUUCCCUUGGGAAAAACCAAAGACCCUUGUAUUAUCAGAAGAUAUUAUUGCUAAAUUGUCAGCAGUUCA